AUGCUUUGGAUAAGAUUCGAUAUAAAUCACUUACUGAUUCUUCAAAACUUGAUAACGGACACGAACUUUAUAUCCAAAUCAUUCCUGAUAAAGAAAAUAACGUUCUUAUGUUACGGGAUACUGGAAUUGGCAUGACCAAGGCCGAACUUGUGAAUAAUCUUGGUACUAUUGCUCGUUCAGGUACUAAGGAUUUCAUUGAAGCUUUGCAUUCUGGUGCCGACAUUUCUAUGAUUGGUCUGUUUGGUGUUGGUUUUUAUUCUGCCUACUUGGUUGCAGACCAUAAUGAACCCAUUGGCCGAGGCACACUCAUUAAAUUGUUCCUCAAAGAAGAUCAAUUAGAAUACCUUGAAGAACAUAAGAUUAAAGAGCUUGUAAAGAAACACUCCGAAUUUAUUUGCCAUCCAAUCCAACUUAUUGUUGGAAAGGAAGCUGAAAAAGAUGAGGAAAAUGAUAAAGUGAAGAUAAAGACGUUAGAAACCGAAGAGUUAAACAACACUAAACCUAUCUGGAAAAGAAAUUCUGAUGAUAUUAAUCAUGAAGAAUAUGCUGCAUUCUACAAGUCUCUAGCUAAUGAUUGGGAGGAACAUUUGGCCGUUAAACAAUUCUCCGUCGAAGGUCAAUUAGAAUUCAGAGCAAUUCUAUUCGUACCACGUCGUGCUCCAUUCGAUCUCUUUGAAAAUAAGAAAAAACGCAAUAACAUUAAACUUUACGUUCGCAGCGUCCUUAUUAUGGACGAUUGUGAAGAUUUAAUUCCUAAAUAUCUUGACUUCAUCAAAGGAAUAGUUGAUUCAGAAGAUCUACCGCUUAACAUUUCCCGAGAAAUGCUUCAACAUAACAAGAUUUUUCAAGUUAUUCGUAAAAAUAUAAUUGCUGAGGACAAAGAAGAUUUCGCAAAAUUCUAUGAUGCAUUUACCAAAAAUAUUAAGCUUGGAAUUUAUGAAGAUUCUCAGAAUCGGUACAAAUUAGCCGAAUUUCUUCGUUAUUAUUCCACAAAAUCCACCGAUGAACUUACCUCUCUAAAAGAUUACAUUACACGGUAUGAGGUCUUAUUUAUGACCGACCCUAUCGAUGAAUACUCUGUUUCGCAACUUAAAGAAUAUGAAGGUAAGAAACUUGUAUGCAUCACAAAAGAAGGGCCUGAGAUUGAUGAAGAUGAGGAAGAGAAGAAAUUGCGUGAAGAAGACAUUAAAAAUUAUGAUUAUUUGUGCAAGCAAAUUAAAGAAAUUCUUGGUGAUAACGUUGUAAAG